UGAGAACGAAUCGAAGGAAGUUCCUUAGUGCCAUAGAAUGCGGUAAUUGAAACAACGAAUAACGAAGAACGACUAAACCAUCCGGAACCGGAGCUACAUAAAUCGAACGAAUAGAACUCAACCACAAAGUGCCUUCCAUCAAACCGUUGAUACACACAAGUGAUAUUUAUUAUGUUUAUACUUGCCAGCAAUAGCAACAACCACAGGGGAUCACGGCAUCGAUGAUCAGACCACGACCAAGUCCUAGUGCAAUCCGGAAUCCAGUUCAAAUUAGUUCAGUAAGCCGAAGCUACCACGUAUAAUGUCCACAUCCACCGCCACAACGAGCGUAAUCACGUCCAACGAGCUCUCGCUGUCCGGCCACGCCCACGGUCACGGCCACGCCCACCAACUGCACCACCACAGCCACAAUCGCCUCGGCGUAGGUGUGGGAAUCCUCAGCGACGCCUCCCUUUCGCCCAUCCAGCAGGGCAGUGGCAGCGGCGGCGGGGGCAACAACAACACCUCUCCACUGGCGCCCAACGGAGUGCCCCUCCUGACCACAAUGCACCGAUCGCCGGACUCACCGCAGCCGGAAUUGGCCACCAUGACGAAUGUGAAUGUCCUGGAUCUGCACACGGACAACUCCAAGUUGUACGACAAGGAGGCGGUCUUUAUCUACGAGACGCCUAAGGUGGUCAUGCCACCGGAUGGCAAUAAUUCGGAUGAAGGUCAUGCCAUCGAUGCUCGGAUUGCGGCCCAAAUGGGCAACCAGGCACAACAGCAGCAGCAGCAACAGCAACAACAGCAGCAGCAGCAGGCGGAACACCAGCCGCUGGCCAAGAUCGAAUUCGAUGAGAACCAGAUAAUCCGGGUUGUGGGACCAAAUGGCGAGCAGCAGCAGAUCAUCUCGCGGGAGAUCAUCAACGGGGAGCAUCACAUCCUGUCGCGAAACGAGGCUGGCGAGCACAUUCUCACCCGGAUCGUCAGCGAUCCCUCCAAGCUGAUGCCGAAUGAUAAUGCGGUGGCCACGGCCAUGUACAAUCAGGCCCAGAAGAUGAACAACGACCAUGGGCAGGCGGUGUAUCAGACAUCCCCCCUGCCGCUGGACGCCUCUGUGCUGCACUACAGCGGGGGCAACGACUCGAAUGUGAUCAAGACGGAGGCUGACAUCUACGAGGAUCACAAGAAGCAUGCGGCUGCCGCAGCUGCAGCCGGGGGUUCCAUUAUCUACACCACCUCGGAUCCGAAUGGCGUGAAUGUGAAUGUGAAGCAACUGCCCCAUUUGGCGGUACCUCAAAAACUCGAUCCCGACCUAUAUCAAGCCGAUAAGCACAUAGAUUUGAUCUACAACGACGGCAGCAAGACGGUGAUCUACUCCACCACGGACCAGAAGGGCCUGGAGCUCUACUCGGGCGGCGACAUCAGCAGUCUGGUGUCCGAUGGCCAAGUGGUGGUCCAGGCGGGCCUGCCGUAUGCCACCACCACCGGAGCCGGCGGACAGCCCGUCUACAUUGUGGCCGACGGCGCCUUGCCAGCGGGAGUCGAGGAGCAUCUGCAGAGUGGAAAGCUCAAUGGCCAGACCACACCUAUCGAUGUCUCUGGCCUAUCGCAAAAUGAGAUUCAAGGCUUUCUGCUCGGCUCACACCCCUCGUCGUCGGCGACGGUCAGCACAACCGGCGUUGUCUCCACGACAACGAUCUCGCAUCACCAGCAGCAGCAGCAACAGCAGCAACACCAGCAGCAGCAGCAACAUCCCGGCGAUAUUGUUAGUGCCGCUGGCGUGGGGAGCGCGGGCUCGAUUGCCUCCUCUGCGGUGCAACAGCAGCAGCAGCAGCUAAUUAGCAUCAAACGAGAGCCCGAAGACUUGCGCAAGGAUCCUAAGAAUGGCAACAUUGCCGGUGCAACAACAGCAAACGGACCGGGCUCGGUCAUAACGCAAAAGAUCUUGCACGUGGAUGCACCAGCGGCAAGUGAAGCUGACGCCACUGAAUCGGAACCAGGAUCAGACUUAGGAUCAGGAUCGCCGGAAGCAGCCAGACUAGAGAUGUAUGCAACCACGGGCGGCACACAGAUCUACCUACAGACCUCACAUCCCAGCACGGCGAGCGGAGCGGGCGGUGGUGCCGGUCCAGCAGGAGCAGCCGGUGGCGGCGGAGGCGCCGGCGGUGUCUCCUCGAUGCAGGCCCAGAGUCCCAGUCCGGGUCCCUAUAUCACGGCCAAUGACUAUGGCAUGUACACGGCCAGUCGGCUGCCACCCGGUCCCCCGCCCACCAGCACCACCACCUUCAUUGCGGAGCCCUCCUACUAUCGGGAAUACUUUGCUCCGGAUGGCCAGGGUGGCUAUGUGCCGGCCAGCACGAGAUCUUUGUACGGCGAUGUGGAUGUCUCUGUGUCGCAACCCGGCGGAGUGGCCCUCACCUACGAGGGUCGCUUUGCCGGCAGCGUUCCCCCGCCCGCCACCACCACAGUGCUCACCAGUGUGCACCACCACCACCAGCAGCAGCAACAGCAGCAGCAGCAGCAACAACAGCAGCAGCAACAGCACCACCAGCAGCAACAUCAUCCGCAGGAUGGGAAGAGCAAUGGGGGAGCCACGCCCCUCUACGCCAAAGCCAUCACGGCGGCGGGUCUCACGGUGGAUCUGCCGAGUCCGGACUCGGGCAUUGGCACGGAUGCCAUCACACCGCGGGAUCAGACGAAUAUCCAACAGUCCUUCGAUUACACGGAGCUGUGUCAGCCGGGCGCGUUGAUCGAUGCCAAUGGCAGCAUACCCGUCAGCGUAAACAGCAUCCAGCAGAGGACGGUGGUCCAUGGCAGCCAGAACAGCCCCACCACCUCCCUGGUGGACACCAGCACCAAUGGAUCCACGCGAUCGCGGCCCUGGCACGACUUUGGCCGUCAGAAUGAUGCCGACAAAAUACAAAUACCAAAAAUCUUCACAAACGUGGGCUUCCGAUAUAACCUGGAGAGCCCCAUCAGCUCAUCGCAGAGGCGCGAGGACGAUCGCAUCACCUACAUCAACAAGGGUCAGUUCUACGGAAUAACGCUGGAGUAUGUGCACGAUGCGGAAAAGCCCAUCAAGAACACCACCGUCAAGAGUGUGAUCAUGCUAAUGUUCCGCGAGGAGAAGAGCCCCGAAGAUGAGAUCAAGGCCUGGCAAUUCUGGCACAGUCGUCAGCAUUCCGUGAAGCAGAGAAUCUUGGAUGCAGAUACAAAGAACUCGGUUGGCCUCGUUGGCUGCAUCGAGGAAGUGUCGCACAAUGCCAUCGCCGUCUACUGGAAUCCGCUGGAGAGCUCCGCCAAGAUCAACAUUGCGGUUCAGUGUUUGAGCACGGAUUUCAGCAGUCAAAAGGGAGUUAAGGGCCUGCCGCUGCACGUACAAAUCGACACAUUCGAGGACCCCAGAGAUGCGACGGUCUUCCACCGCGGCUACUGUCAGAUAAAGGUCUUCUGCGAUAAGGGCGCCGAACGCAAGACGCGCGACGAGGAGCGACGGGCCGCCAAGCGAAAGAUGACAGCGACGGGCAGAAAGAAGCUGGACGAGCUGUACCAUCCGGUGACGGAUCGGUCCGAGUUCUACGGCAUGCAGGACUUCGCCAAGCCGCCGGUGCUGUUCUCGCCCGCCGAGGACAUGGAGAAGGUAGGUCAGCUGGGCAUUGGCGCUGGCUCCGGCAUGACAUUCAACCCCCUGAGCAACGGCAACUCCAACUCCAACUCGCACUCGUCCUUGCAGAGCUUCUACGGCCAUGAGACUGACUCGCCGGACCUGAAGGGGGCCUCGCCGUUCCUGCUCCAUGGCCAGAAGGUGGCCACGCCGACGCUCAAGUUCCACAACCACUUUCCGCCCGACAUGCAGACCGAUAAGAAGGACCACAUACUGGACCAGAACAUGCUGACCAGCACUCCCCUGACCGACUUCGGUCCGCCGAUGAAGCGCGGCAGGAUGACGCCGCCCACCUCGGAGCGUGUGAUGUUGUAUGUGCGGCAAGAGAACGAGGAAGUCUACACGCCCCUCCACGUGGUGCCGCCCACCACGAUCGGCCUGCUGAAUGCGAUUGAAAACAAAUACAAAAUCUCAACAACGAGCAUAAAUAACAUUUAUCGCACAAACAAGAAGGGGAUUACUGCGAAAAUUGACGAUGACAUGAUAUCGUUCUACUGCAACGAAGACAUCUUCCUGCUGGAGGUGCAACAGAUCGAGGACGACCUGUACGAUGUGACGCUCACGGAGCUGCCAAAUCAGUAGCACUGGCAGUACGGGUAGCUCCCCAUAGAACGAACACACUCAACAAUACACAAAACACGGACACAACAAGUUGUUUCAAUAAGCCAUUUUCCAUAGAGCCUAAGUCUAAUAUCGUAGUUGUAAUGGGACCCCGAACAAAUCGGGGAAAUUGCUACCGGAAGUUAAAAAAAGCUAACACAAUACUUAUGUAAAAUGAUUUAUAUAUAUAUAUACACUUAAAAUUCGAUUUAGUUAUUUAGCAACAAUGAGAUUAUCUAAAAUUGUUUGAUCAAAUUUUAAAUUCUCGCUAUGUCUAUAGAUAUUUUUUAAGACCUAUUCGUAAUCGUAGCCGUGUAUUUAUGCUCAUAUAUCCCACCAUAUAUAUGUGCGGAGUGCAAAAGUGUCUGUCCAGUAGGAAAUAAGUCUCGUUUCCGUUUCCGCUCCCCUGCUUAUGCUAAGACCUUAGGUCCAGGGCAAGUAAGAGUUACAGAAUCUAUCUUUUAGGUGUAUCUAACGGCAUCAUUAGCUCUGCACGAAAUCUAGACCAUAGGCGUAUUGUAAUCAUUUUGUAUGUUCGGCUUAAGCGUUUUAAUUGUUGAAUAUAAAUUGUAAAAUUAUUUUUGAAAAACCCACACAAAACACAAAUCGUUUGUUCUAUAUUUCUGUUUCGAAACCAACUCGUUACCCCUUUCCCUUACAAAAUCCUCUCUGUUAUGUAUAAUUAGGAUCUCUGUACACAAAAACGAAAAAGAUGAAAACUUUGACGAACAAAAAAAUUGGUAAAAACACUCUUGAAGUAAUUAUCCUUAAAUCUAGAUAUACACCUAGAGAUAAGAACACUCUGCAAUAAAACAUGUUGAUAAAAAUCGUAAUUAAGUCCAAGCUAAGGCAAAAACAAAAUCGAAAAAAAGACAACUUUAAAAACAUUUGUGUGCAUUUGUUGAAAAACAAAAAAAUCUAAAUAUCUAAAGAACAAUGAUCAACCGAAAAAGUUGAUUCAAAACUAAAAACAGAUUAAUCAAGAAUAAAGAAUCGAUAAUCAACGGUAGCACCACAAAGGAUCGCAACAUUCGUACGAAUAUAGACACAGAUAUAUAUGAUAUGUAUAGGGAUAAUAUGUCGCAUAGCUCGAAUGCGUUUACAAUCUUUGUUUGCCAUAAUUAACAGUUUAAUUUAAUUAACGAAAUGUUUUGUGUACAAUGUUAUUUGAAUUCAAGCAGAGACUUCACCGCGAGAUUUGCUUGGAACUACGAAUACUCCGCAUCGAUUGCUACAAUUUUGAACAGUACGAGUUCAAUGCUCAAUAUUAUUAUUAAUUGUUUAUUAAUUGUAAUCCCCCCUUAAUUUCUGUCUACUCUCCGAAAAUCCCUAAUAAUGCUCUCUACUUCUUCUUCUUUUGCCCAAUAACUCUUUUUGUGAGAGGGAAAACCGUUUUCCACUUGACAUUUCCGGUGUUGUACAUCACAAUUUGUUUUUAAUUUUAGCCCUUAGUUCUAAAAGUACUAUUCAAGAUUACAGAAUAUUAUGAUAUGAAAUGAGAAGAGAAGAGAUAGGACAUAUCAGAGGAUAUGAAAUGAUGAUGAAUCGAAAAUCUUGCCGGCAUGUUAUAAUUCUAUACGUUUAGUUAUCGUAACCCUUAAGUUCUACGCUCUUUCUAUAUAUUGUAUACACAAAACAUACACAUAUAUUUUAAAAGCCAAUAAUUUAUUUUUUGUUACUGUUGGAAAACGAUUCCGCGAAAAAUAGAAAAGCGAAAAACCACAAAAAAAACGUGAAAAUGCAACUGAGAACAAGAGACACUCUAUCAUGUGCAUGUCCAACUUGAGAAAUUAUAAAAAGAGACAAACAAACAAAAUAAAACAAAUUGUACAAUAUAAUUAUAAUGAAUACACAACAUUUAA